AUGGAGACCACGCAACCGGUGGAUGCGUCCACCGAUAACCUCCCACUCACCACCCUCCAACCGUCUACCCACCGUUCGCGCUUUCUCUAUUUCAAAACAACCGCUCGCCAUGCAGGCUCUUCAGAUCCAACAACACGCACCAACAACAUCCUCGCCCUUCUUGAAGCAUAUCACAAAACAACUGAGCACACAACACUUCUCCCGCACGACUGGGAUCUCUUUCUCUCCCUCCAGACACGGUUAGCCGCUGCGACGAGUCCUCUCACACCAGAAUCGCUGCACUCCCUCUUUGAAUUGCACAAUAAUGCGACAGCUCACUAUGCCUCAUCGAGACUGAUCAAGCGGUACAUUAGCUUUGUUCUGGCGAACUUCGCUCAGCUGCACGGUGUUGAGUUUCAAGUCUUUGCGAGAGAGGGGAAGGUUGAGGAUCCAGCGUUGAACUGGACAAGUCUUGAUUCGUGUCCCACGUUCAACGGCGCUAGUUCGAUAUACCAUCCUUCAUCGCUUCCUUCUCUUGCGGUGAUCGAUGCAAGUGCAUGGGAGCCAGUGCUGGGAGUAGAAGCGGUCAGAUGGCGCAUCCGCGAAGCAUACACACGCUGUGCCUACCAAUUACAGGAUAGCCAAGAUGUGUGGAAGCUCUAUCUCGCAUUCGAAGAGUCUCUCCUCUCUUCACCGCAGACCGCACGAGAACAGCAACUCGAGACAAUACGACACGUCUACCUUGCACGCCUGCGAGUACCACACGCCGCGAUCGAAGACACCUUCCAAGCGUUCUCUGGCUUCGUCACCCACAACCUUCCCCCACAGCAGUACGAGAGCGAAAUGACAGCUGCUAACACUAUCGUAGCUGAAUCACGGACGAUUUUGAGGCAGAGAGAGCAGUACGAAGAUACAUUAACCUCGCUCUUUCGGGCUGGUCCUACGCACGUUGCUGGUUCAAGGCAGGACUUGGACAACUUCGCUGCCUAUGUCAAACCGUAUGUGCGAUGGCAAAGCGGUCGAGCCACACGAGCGUUAAGGGGAAAAGAUAAAGCUGCAGCGCAAACCGAACUUGAUCUUACAUGCGCACUCUACGAACACUUGAUACCCUGCUUCGGACUGCAUCCACCCAGCACUCAUCGUGAAGAGUUGGUGUACUACGCAGGAGACGUGGAAGGCUCCUUGCACUCCUCUCGACAAUUCAAACGACUCGCUCCAGCUGAAAAGGGGGCCAGAACGCAACAAGAACAGCAGCUACACUCAGAACGGCUUUCUCUCGCAACCGAACUUUGGCUCGAUUACAUCUCAAUUCUCACUUCAGCUCCUAAACCUGAUGCGUCACUCAUCAUGGAUGUUCUGACCCGGUCUGUUCACUGUCUACCAACUGCAGCAAGCCUGUAUUGCGGGCUGAUGAGGGGUAUGGCACGUUUUCGUCGGUCAAAGCCAUCCGUCGAAGGGGUAUUUGAGAAGGCUAUCUCACCGGGAUCUCUCACUCUUAGUGCCACCGACCUCACCGAUCUCUGCCUUGCACGCAUAGACUGCGAACGAGAACUGGCGACCUACGAACGAACUCUUUCCUCCGGCGAACAAGUAGUGGAUCUAGCAGCUGAUAUGGAAAAGUUCACCGAGAUAUACGCUUUGCUCAGCUACUCCCUUUCCAAAGCUUCCGAACUUGGGGAGGCAACUAGAGGGUGGGAUCCCACCUUGCGAUUGGAGAAAUGUACGGUCGGCUGGGUUGAGCGCGCAGUGCUGUCUCUCGGCGGGCCGAGUUCGGAAGGUGGGCAGAGUCUCAACGAGCUAGCGGAGGCAGUUUGGGUGACAGGAGUGAAGCAGCAGCCAGAUAACGCGCUGGUAUAUCGUGAAGCUGCGGGAUACUGGGUGAGGAGAGGGGAGGGAAAGAAAGCACGUGGGUGGUAUAAGAGUGGAGUGAGUAGGUUAGAGAGGAAACAGCAGGUGGGGGACAGUGGAGAGUAUGGGAGGUUGUUGGAGGAUUGGGUUGGGUUUGAGCAUGGAUGGGGUAGUGUUGAGGAGGUGGAGACUGCGGAGAGGAAGGAAAGGGAGGAGAGGAAGAGGGUUGUGGAUGCUUGGUAUGCGCAGUAUGCGCAGUAUCAGGAGCAGGGACAGACAGUGGCAGCAACGAAUGGGCAGGAGGCAGCUAUGCAAGUUGAGUCAUCGACCUACGCCAAGGCUAACGCUGAAAAGAGAAAAGCUGAAGACGAUGAGGGAGAGGAGGGUGACACAUCUAUGGCAGUUGCUGAAACGGCUACUCUAGCCGCAGUGCCGGAUGCUGCCGGAGAUUCUAGUGUAGAGCAAGCGAAAAAGACCCGCACAGCCGACAGUGAAGGCUCCAACACAAGGGACAGAGAACAUUGUUCAGUCCUAAUCUCUUCCCUCCCACCCACUACAGACGCCGCUUCUAUCCGCACCCUCCUCCGCGGUUGCGGUCGAAUUGUUGAGCUCUCCGGCCCCAUCACCCUAGGCACAGAAUCCGCAGCACUAGUCGAAUUCUCCGACCCAGCCAGUGCAGCCUCUGCUCUGACUCGACACUCCAAACCUCUCCCCACCUCCUCCUCACCCGUAUCGAUCUUCAUCGGGUGGAAAUGCACACUUUUCGUCACCAACUUCCCUGAAGAAUGGGACGAUUCUUCCAUUCGCUCCACUUUCUCUCCCUAUGGCCUCAUUUUCAAUGUUCGAUGGCCAAGUAAACGGUUCUCCUCCAGCCGUCGAUUCUGUUAUGUCCAAUUCACAACGCCUUCUUCUGCCUCUGCUGCUAUCGAAGCGCUCAAUGGUAAAGAGGUGGCGGAAGGUAGAACGCUAAAUGUUGCUUUAUCCGACCCAUCCCGCAGAAAGCAGAGAAGUGAUGCGAACGAAAACGCAAAAGAACUCUUCGUCUCCGGUCUCCCGCGCAACAUUACCGACGAAGAACUGAAGACAUACUUUGAAGCGUACGGUAAAGUCACUGGAGUUCGCCUCCUUCGCAACGCGGAAGGGGGUUUGAGGGGAAUUGGGUUUGUUGAUUUUGAAAAUGCAUUGGACGCUACGAGAGCGAUGAAAGAGCUCAAUUCUACCAAAUGGAGAGCUAAAACUAUCUCAGUAACACUCGCGGAUAGUCGCUCUUCCAACUCAAAGCAAAGUGGAGUUGGCGGGGGAGAAGAGAGGAGAAAGAGAAGUGCAAGGGUGAUAGGUUUGCCAGUGGACGCACAAGAAGCGUUGAUUCAACAAGCUCUAGAAAAGGAAUUGGGGAGGGGGAGUGUUAAGCAGGUGUUGUGGAAACCUGAUGGGAGUAGGACUAGAGCGACGGUGGAAUUCAGGGAGGAGAAAGAUGCGGGGAGAGCGGUGUUGGUGGGUGGAGCAGGGGGGUUGAGGUAUGCGGUUGGGGGAGAGGAGGGGGUUGUGUUGGGGGUUAUGGCGAUGGAUGAUGAGGCGGUGCAGGUUGGGAGUCCGACAAGGGAGCAAAACACCGGCGGAGGUGGAGGAGCACAGGUGUUAGGGUUCGUUCCGAGGUCAUCGAGAGGAGGAAGGGGAAGAGGGAGGGGGAGGGCUUUUGCAACAAGUGGGUUUACGCAUGCUACAACUGCUCCCACACCAGCACCAGCAGAAUCGAGUGCAACUACGGGAGCGGGAGACGAUAUGGAAGUUGAACCACCUUCCGCCGCCGAAACAAGCACAAAGACCAGCGGUCAAGAUAGGUUCCGAGCAAUGCUUGCACAGUCUUCACAGCCGCGCUAA